AUAACUAAUGAAAUGUAACUCUCUGUCACUGUCAGUCAGUCAGUCUGUGUGUUCGCUCCUCACCGUCAGGAUGAAGGUAUGUGUCCUCCUGAUGUGUGUGUCUUGUCUCUGUUGGAGGACGGAGGCCGAUUCCAGAUCGUAUCUUAUUACAGCUCCUCUCUCAUUCCGUCUGGAUGCUGUGGAGACGGUAUUGCUGCAGUUGUUUGGUUUUGAGACUGAGGAGAGGGUCUACGUGUUCUUGAAGACCUCCAUGGCUCCAAAUCAUGUGGUUUUGGCUAGGGAAGUCGUGACCCUGAACACCCUGAACAACUACCAGGCCGCCGCCAAAGUCCAGCUGCGUCCAGGUCAGCUGGAUAAGAGCGUGAAUCAUGUGAUUCUGCACGUCCAAUCAACAGUGAUCAACCAACACGUGUCUGUGUCCAUCAGCCGCACCAACGGCUUCCUGUUUAUCCAGACAGACAAACCACUGUACACCCCCAGUCAGAGCGUUAAAGUGAGGGCGUUUUCCCUGAACCAGGAGCUGAGGCCGGCCAAUCGCACUGUUUUUCUGACUUUUAAGGAUCCGGAUCAAUCUGCAGUGGACAUUGUGGAGAUGUUUGACGUCAACAACGGAAUCCCAUCGAUGCAAAACCCGUUCAAGAUCCCCAUUAAACCAAAGUUGGGGAUUUGGUCUGUUGAAGCUUCUUACUCUGAUGAUUUUACAACAACAGCGAAAGCAGACUUUGAAGUGAAAGAAUAUGUUCUUCCCAGUUGCUACAUCCUUGUGGAACCAGCAGCUAACUAUAUCAGCUACGGAAGCUUCAACCGUUUCAACUUCAAGGUUUCCGCCAGGUACAUUCACGGUGCUCCGGUGGCUGAAGGCGAAGUGUUUCUGCGCUACGGCUACGUUAGCGGAAAGAAUCCUCCGGUUAUCAUCCCCAGAUUUAUCACCAGAGAGAGAUUGUCUCUGACAGGUGAAGUGGACGUGACUGUGAACAUGGAGCAGGUCCUGUCCAAACACAAUGGACCAAAAGACCUUAACAGUCUGGUGGGGAUGUACUUGUACAUUGCUGUCCUGCUUCAGGAGAGCACAGGUGGGAUCACUCAGGAGGCGGAGUUUGCUGCAGUGAAGUUUGUUAAAUCACCUUACAGGCUGAGCCUCGUGUCCACGCCCCCCUUCAUCAAACCUGGACUUCCUUAUAACAUCCAGGUGCUUGUGAAGGAUCACCUGGACAAACCGGUGAACCGGAUGUUGGUUCGCAUGGUAGAGCGACAGCUGUUCAAACAAGGGAUGGAGAGCGUGGUCACCCUAAAUCCAGACAGCUCCAUCACCCAAUCAGACGGCCUCGCUGUCUUCAUCUAUAACAUACCGAAAGAUGCAGUCCGAACAGUGUUGAAGUUUGAGACAGCAGACCCCACCCUCCCAGCAUCCAGUCAGGCCAGACUGAGUCUGGAGGCGGUGUCCUAUCACUCCCCGAACCAGCGUUACCUGUACAUUGACCCCCCGCUGCCGGGUCAAGGCCUGGAGGUGGGACAAUUCUCCAACAUCAAGGUGUACUCGGCCAUGCCCUCCUACGUGCCCAUUAGAGCUCUUAGCUACCUGGUGCUCUCUAAAGGGAAGGUGGUGCACUUCAACAGUCAGAAGUUUGUCGCCAGCAGCGAUAACAAACAUACUCUGAGCUUUGAGGUGACAACCUCCAUGGUCCCGUCCAUCAGACUGGUGGUCUACUACAUCCUGUACGGAGAGGGGACAUCCGAACUGGUGGCCGACUCCGUUUGGCUGGACGUCAGCGACAAGUGUGUCAACGGACUCAGGACUGAUCUGUCAUAUCCUACUAAAGUCUACAAACCGAAGGAAAACCUCCGGCUGGACGUCAGGACCAAUCAGGAGGGUCUGGUGGCUCUGUCUGCUGUCGACUCCGCCAUCUACACACUGCGACCCAACUACAGGGACCCCAUUAGCAAGGUUAUGCGUCAUAUCGAGGGCAGUGACCAGGGCUGCGGGGGAGGCGGUGGCAGAGACAGCGCAGAUGUAUUCCGAUUGGCUGGCCUUACCUUCAUCACUAAUGCUAACGCCCACCCGUCAAACAGCGACGAGGCAUGCACAGCAGUUGUGCGUCCAAAACGAGCUCUGACGGAAGAGGACAAGAAAAAGAAACAGGAGAGUUACGGUCAAUGGAAGGUCUGCUGUGAACAGGGCAUGAAGCACAUCCCAAAGAGUGUGACCUGCCAUCAGCAUGCCCUGCAGACCAUAAAAGAACACCCUCGUUGCAGAGAGGCCUUCAGAGCCUGCUGUGAGUUUGGCCAGCAGAACCUGGACCAGGACCAGAUCCUCAUCCUGGGACGCCAAGCAAUGGGUGCAGACUUUGACUUGGCUCCAUCUCUGGUGCGGAGCUACUUUCCGGAGAGCUGGAUGUGGGAGGUGAAGCCCAUCAGUAGUUCAGGCCGAUUGCUGGUCAACAAGCAUCUUCCAGACUCUCUAACCACCUGGGAGAUCAGGGCUAUCGGCAUGUUUAAGAACGGUAUGUGUGUUGCAGAGCCGGUUCAGGUGUCGGUCAAUCUGCCACUCAGUGUGGACAUUCCACUUCCUUACCAGGUGAUCAGGGGAGAACAGCUGGAGCUGAAGGGCUCUGUGUACAACCAGCAGCCCGACAACAUAAAGUACUGUGUGACGCUGACGGCCGGCCCGGCGCUGUGCCUGCAGCAGUCCCAGCAAGAUGCCAGGGGUGCGGGGCUGCACACCACCGCCUGCAGCUGGAGUAGCCUGACUGCAGGGGAGGUGGGGCAAGUGACCUUUACUCUGCUGGGCCUAGAGCCUGGAGAACACACCCUGACCUUCACCCUAAAGACAUACCAAGGAGCCACAGACAUCGUUGAGAAGAAGCUACGAGUGGUGCCUGAAGGAGUGAAGCAGGAGGUUUUUUCCGGAGGGAGGCUGGACCCACAGGGACUCUACGGUUCAGAGAAGAGAACAGUGCAGCUGAAGCACAAACUGCCAUCCAACAUCGUUCCCAACACAGCUGUGGAGAGGAUGCUGACUAUCAACGGUGAGGUUCUUGGUGAUGUCCUGUGGGUGAUGAACAGCCCUGAAGGCCUCCAACAGCUCGUCAACCUGCCGACUGGGUCGGCAGAGGCGGAGGUUGGUGGCCUUCUUCCCCUGAUACUGUUGUAUCAGUACCUGGAGACGACGGGGCGCUGGGACUACCUGGGAGAAGACAUCCAGAAGAACUCAGCAGAUUUGAGACGAAAGAUCCGAGACGGUCUGGUCAGUGUCAGUUCAUUCAGAGGUGGAGACUCCAGCUACAACAUGUGGAUAACGAGAGAACCCAGCACCAGACUGACAGCCCUGGUGGUGAAAACCCUGUCCUUGGCGGACAUGGUGGAGCCUGUGGACCAUCAGAGCCUGUCAGAGUCGGUGUCCUGGUUGAUCCGCAGCACUCAGCAGCUGGACGGAUCCUUCGCUGAGAAAUCCUCCCUCAGAUCCAACAUGGCUGCAGGGGUGGAUGCGGCCGACCAAUCAGUGUAUUUGACGUCCUUCGUGCUGAUCGCAUUAUACAGAGCCACAAGCAUUAAAGACCCUAUCCUGCAGCUCCGGUUCCACGAUGACAGCAUGAUCUCUGCAGCAAACUACAUUGCCCAGCAUGCCCCUGGUGUGAAGAGUGUAUAUGUGCGUGCGGUGGCGACCUACGCUCUGACCCUUCAUGACCCUAACAGCCUGGCAGCCUCUGAGCUGCUCAGUAGUCUGGAGAAACUGGCUCGAGACAAAGGACACCCUGCUGUGCUCAGGUACUGGCAGGAGUCCAGCGUAACAGCUGAUUGGCUGAAACCCGACCAAUCCAGCGGUCAGACGGUGGAGAUGACAGCGUACGUCCUGCUGACUGUGCUGCUAAAGGGGAGACUUCCCUACGCCAAACCCAUCCUGUCCUGGCUGACCCAAGAUCAGCACUACGGACAGGGUUUCUACUCUAUACAGGACAUAGCAUUGACUCUGGAGGCGGUGAUAGAGUACAGCAGAGUCGUCCCUCGAGCUGUCCUCAAUCAGGACAUCAUCGUCCGCUACGGAAAGAAGGGAGAUCUGGGACGAGUCCAGUUAAGCCAGAGCCGACCUGUCGCCACGCCCAUCCAGGUGACGGAGAACGAUGACAUCACUGUGACCACAGGUUAUGGGAGGGGUGUGUCUAAUGUGAAGAUGAAGACAGUUUACUUUGCGACCACCCCGCCUACACAAAAGUGUAAUUUUGACAUCACUAUAGAGGUGGCGGGCCCCGACACCUCCGACAAUCCCAGUAUGCGUGCUCCUCACUUGGUCGCCUGUGCAAAGUAUAAACCUCCUCCUAACGAGGCGUACACAGAGUCCAGUCUGACGGUGAUGAAGAUCCAGCUGCCGACAGGUGUGGAGGGUUACCUGGAGGACCUAAAACAGUUCAUGAACACAGAAGAGCCGCUCAUCUCCCAUUAUGAACUCCAAGGAAACACUGUGAUCAUUCAGAUAGACUCUGUUCCCUCAGAGAUCUUCCUUUGCAUUGGUUUUCGCAUCAGGACUGGGUUCAGAGUGGGCGGGGCCAGCGAGUCCCUGAUUAGUGUCUAUGAGCCUCAGGAUAAAGGAAGUGAAUGCACCGCACGUUUCUCUUACCAGCAGCAGAAGCUGCAGCGCCUCUGUGUGGAUGAACAGUGUCAGUGUAUGACAGCUGCGUGCGCUGCCUACAGAGGAAACAUCGAUGUGACGCUGACGACAGAGAAACGGAUCAACGAGACCUGCAAGCCGCACAUCAAAUAUGCCUAUAAAGUGACGGUGAAGUCUGCAGCAGCAGAAGGAGACUUUAUGACCUACACAGCCACCAUAGUUGAAGUCCUGAAGAACACAGAUAAAGUGUUUGAAGCGGUGAGUUCAGAUACAGAGGUGGAGCUGGUAAAAAAGGUCACCUGCAGUGGUGUUGACAUCCAGAAUAACAAGCAGUACCUGGUGAUGGGAGCCAGCGGGUCAGAGGUCAAGCUCAGCCACGGCUUCAAGUAUCGUUUUCCCCUGGACUCAGAGGCGCUGGUGGAGCUGGUGCCGACAGACUGUAUUUCUCCUGAGUGUUUUGACUACAGUUCCCAUCUGGACAACUUUGCUCUGGAACUGCAGUUAGAAAGCUGUCCUGACUUAUCAUAACUAAGCAGACCAGAUUUUCACUGCACUUUUAAAUU